AGUUUGCAAGGAGCGUGUAGAGCGACGAAUCGGGUUCAAAAAGAAACUAGGGUUUAUAAUUGUACGAGUUUCUUCCGUUCAGCGAGUCGCUUACCAUGAUCUACGACGUCAACUCUCCUCUCUUCCGCUCUUUCCUCAGCCAGAAGGGCGGCACUUCGGACAAGAGGAAAAUGGAGGAGCAGAAGCCCAAGGAGCAAAGGUUCAAAGCUAAUGAGAAUAAGCCAGUUAUGACAGAGUAAGACCUUAUGCGAACAAGAAAGAAAGUCCUUAUGAUAGCACCGAUGACUGUUCUUGUGUUACUAUAAUGGCCUUUUAAUAUGUGAUGCAUUUCGUUCUCGAAGAACCUCUUAAGUCUGUGAAUUUAAGGCAAAUGUCUGUAUGAUUGCUUGGGAGUUUGUUAUGAAUGAGCAUGUCGCUUUUGAGGAAUGGUAUGAUGUUGUGAUCUUACCGAGAUGCGUCCGUCUCCCGUGUGCCUUACAUUUUAUUUUUCUGCCCAUUAAAUUGUUUUUCAUUCUGAAUCUCCUUUGCCGAUGGUGUAAGCUUAUAUUCUACAG